AAAUUCUAACCAACGGGGAUUCCCAUUCCAUGCAUGGAUUCUAGUCUCUAGACUUCUAGAUCUAGUCUAUGUAGAAUCUAGACUCUAGAUCCAGAAUUCUAUCAAACUUAGAGAAUCUCGUUCGCCAGACAGAGCUUUUCCAUAGAAAAAAGAUCUAGUGAGGAGUUUUGAAAGAUGGCUGAAAUUACUGUUUCAUCCAAUCCUUUGGUUUCUGUUCAAGUCACAUCAACAGCUAAUCCAUAUGGAGUGGAAAGACGAUUUGAAAGAGGAUUAACAAUAUCAGCGCUUAAAACCAAGCUAGAAUUAAUCACUGGCGCAUUCGCUCAGACUAUGAAAUUAUCAGCAUUCACUGCAGAGAAUAAAUUUGUUUGUGCCAUUGACAAUGAUGAUGCUCUCCUUGGUUCUUAUCCCGUUGAUGAUGGCAUGAUAAUUCAUGCUGAGGACUCCAGCGUACGGCCAGAUGAAUAUUCUGAUACAUCAAAGGUAGAGAAAUUUGAACUCUCAGAAGAAGAAUACAAGAAACGCCAAGAUUCGGUCAGAGCAUUUAAAGAAAGGAAUAAAUUAGGAAGAUUUAACGAGGAAGAAAUGAAAAAAAAAGAAGAGGAGCUAAAGGCUAAAAAACAGGAGGAAGAAGAAAAAGCCAAAAAUAUUCAUGUUGGUGACCGGUGCCAGGUUAGUGUUCCAGGACAGCCCACCCGACGUGGUGCAGUUAAAUAUGUUGGCACUGCAGACUUCAAGCCUGGCAUUUGGGUCGGCAUACAGUAUGAUGAGCCUCAUGGGAAAAAUGAUGGAACAGUUGAGGGCAGAAAAUAUUUUGAAUGCCCACCUAAGUAUGGUGGUUUUGUUCGUCCUUCACAUGUGGAAGUUGGUGAUUUCCCUGAGGAAAGUUUGGGUAUUGAUGAUGAUGAAAUGUGAACUCUGUAAAAAGCCAUUUUUUGAACUAUUUGGUAGGUUCAUUUACAUCACAGAAUGCUGUUUUGAGUCUUACUUUUAUUCACACAACUUUUUUUUCUCUUUUAAAUAUACAGUUCUAAGCAAGACAAAAGAAAAAAAUAUUGAUCAUCCAAAUUAUCCUAUAACAUGAAAUAGAUAAUCUUGAUUAUUUAAAAAUUUUGUUGUUAACUUCUGGUAGUGUAAGUGUUAAGAUAAUUUGAGCACAUAAUUUUUUCCUUAGAAUUCUUAUAUAAUUUAACAGUUUCAGAUAAUUUUAUGAGAAUUUUUAAUUAUUUAAACAUUCUUUUUUUUUCCCCCCUCCGAAUCUUUUGAUGCUAUUGCUAACUAAGGAAUUUAAGGGAUUUAAUUACAUAGUAAUAUAACUUUUUAAAAAUUAAAUUUUGCUUACUAUUGUAAUGAUUCCUUUUAGCUCAGUGGAUUCAUAAAUUUGAUCUAUUCUUUAUAUAUUAAUGUUGUACUGCAAGUAGGUUAUGUUAAUUGAGUCCUUGAUGCUAUUCUGGUCUCAAUUUUUUUUCCAUAGAGAAUACCUAUGUUCAACAAUGUGUGGCCAAUGGUAGUGCUCACGCUUAUGAAUGCCACUUAAAGGCAACAAUAUAUUUUUAUGUUGAAAAAUUUUGAUAAAAAAAAAAUCAUUACCUAUAUAGAUGUUUUUUCUUGUGUGAAUUAAAAUGGUGAAACUAUGUGUAUUAUUUAUUUAUAAAACUAUUCCAUGAGUAUGAGUGUAUUCUGUUGCUGCUUUAAAUUAUUUUAUUCAGUUCAAUUAUAAGCAGUCUGGUUUUGAAGCUGUGUCUCAUUAAAGAUUGUGCUUCACAAAACUGUUUAUAUUCUUCUCAUAUAUGAGUAUUCAUACUGUUUUUAUACAUUUGUGAACCUUAAGUUUUUACGCAUUAAAAUCUGCAUCAAAGUG